GGUGUCAAAAAGAAAAAGGUGAGACGGCAAGAGGAUGUCAUUCCUCCGGCAAGAGCCGGCGGCGCCAGCAUGGUUCCUCUCGUUGGCCUUCCUCGGCACCCUUUACGCCUCUGCAGUCUCGUUCCGGCUCCUCGCCUACCUCGCGCUCUGCUUACGCCGGCCGAAGGACCUCCGCCGCCGCUACGGCGCCUGGGCCGUUGUCACCGGCCCGACGUCCGGCAUCGGCCGGUCCGUCGCACUGGAGCUUGCCAGUCGAGGCCUCAACCUCGUGCUCGUCGACCUCGACGCCGACAAUCUCCGGGAGAUCUCCAACACCAUCAGAUCUCACCACGCCGUGCAGACCAAGACCGUGGUGUUCGACCUCUCGCUCGUUUCCACCGCCCAAGGUGACGAGGCGCUGCGGCGGCUCCGAGAGGCCGUGGCGGGGCUGGACGUGGGAGUGCUGGUGAACAACGCCGGGGUGGCGAAGCCGGGCGCGGUGUACCUGCACGAGGCCGACGUGGAGGCUUGUGUGAGGUUGAUGCGGAUGAACCUGUGGGCGGUGACGGAGGUGACCGCCGCGGUGCUGCCGGGGAUGGUGGAGCGGGGCAGGGGCGCCGUCGUCAACAUGGGCUCAGCCUCGUCGGAGGCCAUCCCCUCCUUCCCCCUCUACACCAUGUACGCCGCCACCAAACGGUAUGUUGCGCAGUUCUCCAGGAGCCUUUACGUUGAGUACAGAAGCGAAGGGAUCGAUGUGCAAUGCCAGCAAUUAUGUGAAUCAAUGAGGCCCUGGAUUAUUUCCCUAUAUAGAGAUGAUUGUCCAAUGACUAGAAGAAAUCCAUAUUAUUGGAGAAGCUCCGUUCUACGUGGCGACCAGGAUGGUCUCGAUUCUGGCGGAGAGCGGGCGGGCCGGGCGCCUCUUUAUGCUCCUCAUCGCGCCGACGCCCGACGCGUACGCGCGUGCGGCGGUGCGCUGGAUCGGCCACGGCCCGCCCCUCUGCGCCCCCAACCUCGGCCACCAGCUCCUGUGGUGCCUCGCCACCGUCCUGCCGGACUUCGUCCACGACUGGCUCCGCAUGCGCGAGCACCUGCAGCACAGAGCGGUGGCUCAGAGGGCGCCGAGACGUCGCGCCGGCGUGCCAACAACUCUCAAGUGAAUUCCUGGUGUUCUUGUACGAUGUGUCUGUUCCACAGACCGCGCGUUCUGGUGUUCGAAUUACUGAACUCCCAAUUAAGUGAAUCAUGUAAGCGUAUUUUGCAGAGGACAUGCAAUUAUUUGUCCACGUACCGCACCUUCACCGUUCGUUAAUUAGUUGCAUUCAACAUUUACUGUUUGACAAA